CUUUAAUUGGUUUAGGUAAUAAAAGAUGCGAUAUCUUUAAGCGUGUCGUAUCAAUUUAUUUACAUGAAGGUACUUUAACUUUUGCCUAUUCCUAGCUGUAUAAGCCAAAUAUUCAAAAAGGAAAAAUCGAUUGUUUUGCUGCGUAUAAGCCUCUUCUAACUUUGUAAUUGUUGAUUUAUCAAGAAGGGUACUCGAAAUUUCUUGGUAAUUCAACUCUUUGACUUUAUAAGCUUAGAUACUUUGAAGUAACACUAUUUAUAUUUUCAGAAGCAUUAUUGCUCCAUCUUUAUAGCGUUAGUGGAUUCUUGACAUCCCUUGAAGAUAUUUGGUCUAGGAAAAAGGCGUGAUACAACAUGAGCAACCUGGUUCGAACGUUAGCUGGGCCCCUAAAAACUCCAAAGUAUGCUUUCCGUAAACAGAGUUUAAAAGGAUGUUCGCUUCUCGUUGCUCUUCCCAAGGUUAAAACGCAAUAUGUACCGCCCAUGAAAAGAAUCCAAGCCCGAAACUUCUGUCAUAGUCGAAUUGUUCAAGGUAAUGAACUGUUAGAUAACUUGAAGCGUAUACAGUCUUUAGAACGAGAAGUCGAGGAGGUGGAUGUUUGCAUCGUCGGUGCCGGACCAGCUGGUUUAGGUGCGGCAAUUCGCAUUAAACAACAAGCUGCCAAGUCUGGUAGAGAAAUCCGGGUAAUUGUGUUGGAAAAGGCUGCCGAACCUGGUAAUCACAGCGUUUCAGGCGCAGUUAUCCAGCCGACUGCCCUUGAUGAGCUCCUUCCAGAUUGGAAAAACGAACCACCUCGCCAUUGCACGCCUGUUUCAUCAGAUAUCAUGAGGUUUUUAGUUCCUGGUAUGCAACUCCCUAUGCCUGUUCCUCCAAUUAUGAAAAACCAUGGAAAUUACAUUAUGAGCUUGGCAGAAUUAACCAAGUGGUUAGCUGCUAAAGCUGAAGAACUCGAUGUCGAACUGUAUCCCUCAUUUGCUGCUUCUGAGGUCCUAUACAAUCAAGAUGGAUCCGUGCGAGGCGUAGCUACGAACGACUUUGGUGUUGAUAGCAAGGGAUUACAAAAGGAUAAUUUUGAGAGAGGAAUGGCCUUCCAUGCUCCCAUUACGCUAUUUGCUGAAGGUGCCCGCGGUUCUUUAUCAAAAACUGUGAUUCAACGCUUUAACCUUCAAAAAGAUUGUGAGCCACAAACAUACGGCUUAGGUAUAAAGGAAGUUUGGCGUGUCCCUGAUGAAAACUUUAGGUAUGGCGAGACUGCCCACACUCUUGGUUGGCCAUUACGAAGUGAUACCUAUGGCGGUGGUUUCAUGUACCAAUUCGGAGAUAACUAUGUGUCUGUAGGAUUGGUCGUUGGCUUAGAUUAUCCUAAUCCAUAUGUGUCUCCAGUUGCUGAAUUUCAAAGAAUGAAGCAAAAUCCCUUUUACGCUAAAGUUCUUAAAGGAGGAACUCGUUUAGAGUACGCCGCUCGUAGUUUGAAUGAGGGAGGUUACCAAUCCAUUCCGAAGUUAGUAUUCCCAGGUGGUGCCUUGAUCGGCUGUAGUGCAGGAUUUCUUAAUGUUCCCAAAAUAAAAGGUACUCACACAGCUAUGAAAUCCGGCAUGGUCGCUGCUGAUGCAAUUGUUGAAGCUUUUAAUACUGGUGAUACUGGAAAACCACUUACGAUUAAUACUUAUGAAGAAAAUUUAAAAAAUUCUUUUGUUUUUAAAGAGUUAUAUUCUGUACGAAACGUUCGGCCAUCAUUUCACGCAUUUCCCUUCUUAAGGAACUACGGUGGUAUGAUAUAUUCUGCCCUAGAAUCAUACGUAUUAAAAGGUAAAGUACCUUGGACUUUUAGCCAUAAGAAAGGAGACGAUGUCGUUACUGCAAGUGCCUCUUCAUAUAAACCUAUCAACUACCCGAAGCCUGACAAUGUUCUUUCAUUCGAUAUUCCUACGUCUGUAGCUCUGUCAGGCACUAUGCAUGCUGAGAAUCAGCCUUGUCAUCUCUUUGAUCGUCGCCCAAAUGAUCGUCAAGAAGCCUAUCGAAAAUACAAGGGCGUUGAAUCUCGUUUUUGUCCUGCUGGUGUAUAUGAGUACGUCGAUGAUGAGACACUUCCUACUGGAAAACGUUUCGUUAUCAAUUCUCAAAAUUGUGUCCAUUGUAAAACUUGUGAUAUCAAAGAUCCUCUUCAAGGCAUUGAUUGGAAAACGCCCCAAGGCGGUGAUGGUCCAAAGCAAACUUUGACAUAAGUGAUUCCAGAAGACUUGAGAUUUACUUUCUUAACCCUUUACUAUUUGCUUUGUUGCUUUAUAAAAGAAAUAUAUGUUAUAAUAUUAUGUAUAAUUAGUUCAUAACGCUCAACUUAAUACAAUCUGUACCAAAUACGCCUUUCUAAUGAUAACAAAUAAACAUGCA